UGGAGUUUUAGAGGAGGCACCUGAAGGCAACGUGACGUGGAAACCUUGCGACGCACGUGUUUGUGUAGUGAGGUGCAGAGAUGGCUGCUGAAAUGCUUCAUUUUCAUGAAAUGGGCUUAGACGACCGUCUUUUAAAGGCGGUUGCAGAUCUGGGUUGGUCCCAGCCCACUCUGAUCCAGGAAAAGGCCAUCCCUCUGGCCCUGGAGGGGAAAGACCUUCUGGCUCGAGCCCGGACUGGAUCUGGAAAGACAGCUGCUUAUGCUGUACCUGUCAUCCAGCGCAUCCUGGCCUCCAAACAAAGUGUUCGAGAGCAGGAUGUGAGAGCGCUGAUCCUGGUUCCAACCAAAGAGCUGGGUCAGCAGGUUCAGACCAUGAUGAGACAGUUAACAGCGUUUUGCUCGAGGGACGUCCGAGUGGCUGACAUCACCGGAAAAGCUGACCUGUCAGCACAGAGGCCUAUCUUAAUGGAGAAGCCCGAUGUGGUUGUGGGGACGCCGGCCCGUGUGCUCUCCCACCUCAACGCCCAGAACCUGGUCCUGCAUUCGUCCCUUGAGAUGCUGGUCAUAGAUGAAGCCGACCUGCUCUUCUCUUUUGGUUUUGAGGCAGACCUGAAGAACUUGUUGUGUCAUUUGCCGAAGAUCUACCAGUCUUUCCUGAUGUCGGCUACUCUCACCGAGGAUGUUCAGGCCUUAAAGGAGCUGCUGCUGCACAACCCUGUGAUCCUGAAGCUUCAGGGCUCUCAGCUCCCAGACAGCAGCCAGCUGCAGCAGUACAGCAUCAAAUGUGAGGAGGAGGACAAGUUCUUGCUUGUCUACACGCUCCUGAAGCUGCGGCUGGUUCAGGGGAAGACGCUGGUGUUUGUGGGAGCAGUGGACCGAAGCUACAGACUCAAACUGUUCCUGGAACAGUUCAGUAUUCCUUCCUGUGUGCUCAACUCUGAGCUGCCCGUCCAGUCCAGGUGUCACAUCAUCACUCAGUUUAAUCAGGGGUUUUACGACUACAUCAUCGCCACAGAUGAACAGAGUUUGGCUGACCCCACCGCCGCUGCCGCCUGCCGCUCUCAGGCGACGGCAGGCAAAGGGAAGAAGAAGAAGAGCGCAGAGAAAAGAGGAAGGACGAAGGACAAGGAGUACGGAGUCUCCAGAGGUGUGGACUUCCAAAAUGUUGCAAAUGUCAUCAACUUUGAUUUCCCCGUAACUGUAGAGUCCUACAUUCAUCGAGUUGGGAGAACUGCACGAGCAGAUAACCCAGGCACUGCUUUGUCUUUCAUCUCUCACACUGAGCUGGAUGUGCUGUCAGAAGUGGAGGAGGCGCUCAUAGGAGAUCAUUCUGAUUCUGUCCUGAAACCUUACGAGUUUAAGAUGGAAGAGAUUGAAGGCUUCAGGUACAGGUGCAGGGAUGCCAUGCGUUCAGUGACGAAGCAGGCCGUGAGGGAGGCCAGACUGAAGGAGAUCAAACAGGAGCUCCUCAAUUCAGAGAAACUCAAGACAUAUUUUGAGGACAACCCCAGAGACCUGCAGCUGCUCAGACACGACAAAGACCUCCACCCUGCUGUCGUCAAACCCCACCUGAGGAACGUCCCCGAGUACCUCAUUCCUGAGACACUCAAGGGCGUCGUGAAUCCACUGUCAAACCGGAGGAAGAAGAGGAAGGUCAAAUCAAAACCAGAAGGAGUCGUCAAGAGCAGUUUCAAGAAGAAUGUCCAGGGGAAGAACCCGCUGAAGAGUUUCCGAUACAGCGGAGGGAGGAACAGCAAAGGCAAAGCCGGCCAGUCAUAGCUGCAGCUGCAGUGCACAUGAGUGUGCAUCAGUCCUGGAUGUUAUAACUGUGCGGAGACUUUCAGCAGGAGGACGGUUCUGUCUCCAGUGUUGGCCCGGGCCAGACUCGUAUGAACUGUAUUGACUUUGGAUGAAAUGGGCUGUUGAAGCUUCAUGGGCCACGGAGGAACUAUAAACGCUGACUUAUGUCAAUUUUACAACAAGAGGAAAAUGCAAGAAACAUCAGUUUGAACUUUGAUUUUGUAAAACAUGAUCUAACGUAGAGGAAUACAGUAUCUGUAUUAUCUUAAUUCUAAUGCAGCUGUUCUGGAAACGUUUAUUAAAAUAAAAGGAUUUCUUCUCAAACAUUAA